CAGAGAAAAAAGCUCUAAAGUUCAAAGAGAUGUACCUUACCAAGCUGCUCUCCACUAAGGUAGCAGUCCAUUCUUUUGUGGAGAAUCUGUUCAGGAGUAUCUGGGGAUUGCCCAACAACAGGGCCCCAAUGGCCAUCAAGUACUUUUUUGACUUCCUGGAUGUACAAGCCGAGAGAAAGAAAAUCUCAGAUCCAGAUGUUUCUCCACAUCUGGAAAACAAACAGCCUUCCACUUCGUUUCUGGGUGAACAUCCUGAAGAACCCUGACUUUGUGUUCAGC